GGUACGGCAGCUGCAUGUCAGUUGUUGCACGCUUGUUGGGUUAACACACCUUUUCUCUCUUCUCACAUCUCCUCCAUCCCUCCAACUCGUCAUACCUCAUUCCACAUUCUAAUACCAAGCUCCAAUCAUGUUGGCCAAAUCUUUCCUCGCAGUCGCUGCGCUCGCCGCAGGCGCAAACGCUCACUUCCGCCUCCUCACACCCACCUGGCGCGGCAGCUCCUUCGAAGAACCAGCCAGCCAGUGGAUAUAUCCCUGUGCCAAUGUCAAUGAGACGACUGACAUGGCGAACCGCACUCUCUGGCCCCCCAGUGGUGGUUCGACCAUAAUCAACGGCAGCCACACAUCUGCCCUCACAGCCGUUAACCUAGCCCUCGGUUCCAAUGCCACAAACUUCAACAUCACGCUUCUGGAAAUGUUCAACCAAACCGGUGCAGGCGUGUUCUGUAUGAAGGAGACUGGACGGGCGAAUCUAGAGGAAGGAUUCAAGGCGGCGGGCUACUCAGGCUUGGAUGAUGAGAGGAUCAACGGGUUGAUGGCUACCGUGCAGGUCAUUCAGCUAGGCCAUAGCGGAAGUGCGCUUUACAAUUGCGCAGACAUCAUGUUCAACUCCACAGCUGAAUUGCUCUCGGACGAUCAAUGCCAGAACGGGACAGGGGUUUCAGGUGUCGCUAUCGAGAACGCUGCGACUGAGACGACCAACGGAUCGUCGGAAGCGUCAGCUACACCAACUGGUGCGGCAGGCAGGCUCAGUCCGGUUGUGGGAAGCGGGAUAUUGGCUGCUGUCCUGGCCUGGGGGUUGUUGUAAAAUCUCGCACGAGUUUACCGAGCUGUGGGGUGGUUGCAAAAGAACAAUUGCACUAGGAAGAUCAUACCUAUUAACGCUUUGAUGGAGAAUACGACUUGCUCUUUUACACUAACACUUGCUGUCCAAUCUCAGCGACCGCCUAUCCAGAUCUUCUGCCCGAGCAUCUCGUUUGUUCUUUACCA